CCGAGCCGAAAAGUCGUGUUACGCCUCGCGUUCCGUCCUUUGCGCGUGUAGGAUUACGUUUGGUUUGGAGCCACCACGACCCCCUCCUGCCCUCCCCACACUAUUUUUUUGUUUUUAUACGGUUUUGAAUCUCCCACUAGAGAAUAAAUAGUUCGUUCUUUGUUCGCGUUCAAAGAGGUGUGGUGAAGCAUCCCAGAGUUCAGUGCUACUGAUUUCCGCCCACAAGUGAAUAGCAAUCUCUGUAUGUGUAUGUGAGUGUGCACGGGGCUGCAAAUGCCAGAAGAUGCUCGUCGAAAUGUUGUAAAAAUAGCGAAUCUGAAGCGAUAUCUGAAGAGAGCGAGCCGUUCGAUUGAAUUAUUGGGUGCUGCGCUGAGGCGCAUACUUGCAAAAACCAAAGUGAAGAACCGGGUGCCGGGGUUCAGCAAUAAUGGUGGACGGAGUAGUGGCAGUGGUGCUGGCAGUGCUGUCCAUUUCCGCCGUAGUGUGCUUCAACUUUGAAACGCGACUUCCCAUCGUCAAGUAUGGAGCGACCAACACCUACUUUGGAUAUUCGGUAGCAUCCCAUACCGAAAAACUACGAAACGGUGACAAAAAUAGCUGGAUCCUCGUCGGUGCUCCCCUGGGUCAGAACCUGCAGCCUUCGUCCAAUCGAUCAGGAUCCUUAUUCAAAUGUCCAAUCACGCAAUUGAGCAACGAUUGCGAACAGCUUAAAACAGACGGUCGAAGAAAGCCUUCUGGUAUUUACGAAACUGACGACGAGGAGGAGGAUGAGCUUCUACCACCGACCAGUGAUGAGCUUAAAACCAAUCAAUGGUUAGGCGUCACGGUCAACUCCGGAGGAAAGGAAAAUAAAAUCUUCGUAUGCGCCCACCGAUACAUGAAAGUCCAAUCCAAGGGACAAUCGAAAGAGAGCGGUCUUCACCUGGGCCAAGGCCUGUGCUACGUGCUGAACAACGACUUUACGUUCGGAUUCGCGGUAGAAGUGUGUCUUGGCCGAUCAACAGAGCGAGAGCACGAACAGUACGCCUUUUGCCAGUCCGGAACGUCGGGCAUGAUUCUGGACGAUGGGACGGCCGUGAUCGGAACACCCGGGGUGAUGACCUGGAAGGGAACGGUGUUUGCGGUGGAGGUCGAUGGGGAGUUUUUGUCCAGAGAUAAGACGCAAUACUACGGGCCGCACGAUAAUGCGGACUCGCCGGUUCCGAACUACAGCUAUUUGGGUAUGGCCGUAACGGGAGGAAAGUUCUUUGGCGAUUACAUGUCCUACGCGGGAGGUGCUCCGCGAGCCCGAGGCAACGGUCAAGUGAUCAUCUUUUCCAACAAGAACAAGCGGAAUCCGAUCUUCAAAGAACGUGAGCUGCGAGGAGAGCAGUUUGGCUCCAGCUUCGGUUACGUGCUGGCAACGGCCGACGUGAAUGGUGAUCAUGCCCCAGAUCUCCUAGUAUCGGCGCCAUUUUACUUUUCAAAGUCUGAGGGAGGAGCCGUUUAUGUGUACCAGAACCGGAACAACAACUUCACUGAUAAUUACACGACAAAGCUGACUGGUAAGCUCGAGUCGAGGUUCGGCAUGGCACUCGCAAAUCUCGGCGAUAUCAACAAGGACGGUUGUGAGGAUAUAGCGAUCGGUGCUCCGUACGAGGGCAAUGGCGUGGUCUACAUCUACCUCGGAACGCCGAAUGGAUUGUCUACGGCUCCGUCGCAGGUCAUAACUGCAUCUGGGUUGGGAUUGAAUGUGCCAGCGCUAAAGACGUUUGGAGGUGCCCUUUCCGGGGGUGUUGAUCUAGACAACAAUACUUAUCCCGAUUUGGUCAUUGGAGCAUAUGAUUCGGCCGCUGUAACGACGUUAUUGGCGCGGCCCAUUACCAACAUCAAGACCUCAGUUAUUGGAUUAGAGCUACAGAACAUCGAUCCGACCAAGAAGGGUUGUCCAGCUGAUCCUGGCGCCAAUGCGACAUGCUUCUCCUUCCAAGCCUGCUGUUCCAUCGAGCCAUACGAAGAGUCCGGCCACUCGAGCAGUCAAUCUCAGCACCUGAACCUGAUCUACACGAUCGAGGCGGAAACGUACUUGAAGAAGUUUUCACGCGUCUACUUCGGCCCAGACCGGGGAACCCGCUCCAACAUCCUGCGCAAACAGAUCAGCGUGAUCACCGAUGGUCGCCAGGAGUGUCGGAAGGAGAUCGUCUACAUCAAGGACAACACCCGGGACAUCCAGAAUCCCAUCCGAUUCCGACUGAAUUACACCAUCUUGGACAAUACACUGCCCGAGUCCGCCCUGGACACACUCGAUCCUAUCCUGGAUCAGACGCAAGCUGUGCGGACGUUUGAAGCGACCUUCCAGAAGGACUGCGGAAACGAUGGCAUCUGUCAAUCGAAGAUCGACAUGAACGCUAAGCUUUCAUUGGAGAAGCAGGCAGACAACUCCUACUCGCUAGUUCUGGGACGCGAUCGCGCCAUCCAACUGAACGUUAGCGUGUCCAAUUUAGCCGACUCAGCGUAUGAAACUCACUUAUUUGUGAAACAUGACCCCAGCAUAUCAUACAGUGGAACCAAGAGCCUCUACACGUGCAACCAGUUCAACGCCACCCUCGUGGACUGCAAUCUGGGAAAUCCGAUGCGGCGGAAUGCCGAGGCGAAGCUUUCGCUGCGCUUCGAUCCGCAACGGGUGGACGAUCUGGUGUCGCGGCUGUCGUUCCAGGUGUUUGUCAACACGACCUCGACGCUGCUCGAGGGCACCCGGCAAAGCGCCACGUUGGCGGUGAACGUGAUCAAGCGCGCCAAAAUUAGCAUUUCGGGAGCUGCCCAUCCUGAACAAACUUUCUACGGUGGAGAUGUGAAAGGAGAAAGUGCGAUGGAAACCGUGGAGGACAUCGGCACAGCCGUGCAGCACAUUUAUUUGAUCUACAACGAUGGACCGUGGCGAGCCCCCAAGGUUCAGGUCAACAUUCAGUGGCCACACCAGGUCGCCAACGACAAACCCCAGGGAAAGUGGUUGCUCUAUUUGACGGAUAUUCCGACGGUUGAUGCCACCAACGGCGGUGACUGCGUCGUCGAACCCCCCAAGUCGAUCAACCCGUUGGGGCUGAAAAAGACCUCCGUCCUCAACGAGCUGGUCCAGAUGGACCGGUACACCCAGCGAGCGCACAACAAAUCGCUCACGUUUGCGGCGGAAAAAUCCGAGCGGAUUUCCUUCGCCAAACAAAGCACCUACUCGUCGUCUUCCGAGUCGACGAGCACGCUGAACCGAGUCCGGCGCGAUCGCUCCAUGAUCAUUCGCGCGGAACGGCUCACGGACAAGGACGGCAAGCAGACCGAAAUUGUCCACAUGGACUGCAAGCGUAACACUGCCAAGUGUAUAUCUAUUGUCUGUAACGUGUACGACGUUCAGCCCAAGGCGCAGGUGCUGAUCAACGUCACUGCCAGGUUGUGGAACUCCACGCUGGUGUCGGACUAUCCCAGCGUGGAUCUGGUGAAGAUUGCGUCGAUAGCCCGGAUCAAGGUGUUUGAAGUGGAGCAAGAACAUCCGGUGGACACCGUUGUGGUGGAAACGCUUGCGUAUCCGGAGCUGCUGGACCAGGUGGGCGACGGAUGGAUCCCGAUCUGGCUAAUUAUAGUAGCGAUCGUGGGCGGCCUGCUUGCGCUGGCGCUGCUCACCUACAUUCUGUGGAAGUGUGGAUUCUUCAAGCGGCGAAGGCCGGAUCCAACGUUAAGCGGGAACUUGGAGAAAAAUAGCGAAAGCAAACCGUUCCUUUAACAAUCUACUAUAGGGACGUGUUCCUAAGGAUGUCCACUUCAAAAGUGAUAUAUAAUUUAAAGUUUCCUGUUUCCUGUUCUUCCCUCCCGCGUUCACAAAAAUACCACCACCCCUUGCACGAAUUGUAAAUUUACUACCAUCCAUUAGAUCAUAGGUUAAGAGUUAGACUAGUUUAAGAAGGAGCUGUUGCAGCAAUUUCUGCGAGGUUUAUUUGUUUAGGAAAUGUUUAGUUAAUUUAAAAAAAGAUAAUUUAACAUACGUUCUCAACUGUUACGAAUUUAGAGUUCUUCCACGAUUUAUUUGAAUCAGAUAUCGUCAAGCAUUAUCCGGGAGAUGUUAUGCAAAAAAAAUUAGCUAUAAUGAUUGCAGUUUAUGUACUGCAGUUUUUAAUUUGGAAGGUGCCUGCAUUGUGACUUACUCAAUGAUUAUAAAACAGUCGCUCGUUCAUUUCAGCUUUCGACCCUAUUAAAAUUGUAAAGACUGACUUUUGUGGAAAAAACAUCGUUUGGAAAUGGAAAUAAGCAAGAACAAGUUCAAAAUUUUUAAGAUCAUGAAAUUUCUACUUAGAUAGAGAUAAUCUUUUGGUUAAUACUAGCUUAAAAACAUAAUGCAAGAAAAAUCAAGUAACAUGACCUAAGAGAUUUUCUCUCUAUCGCAUCAGAAAUUUUCAGAGUGAAAUCAAGGUAUCUUUUAAAUCAUGUUCUUCACGCACCCAUUCUCAUUACGAUGGUUGAACGAAUAAAACGUGUUCAACAGUUACUAUUACUCUUUCAAUUCGUUUAAAAAUAUUUCAGCGCAAUAGAUUAGAACCAGUAGGAACUUACUUAAAUUAUUAUUAAAUCAGAAACACUUUCCAGCUGUAAGAGAUAGUUUUCUGUGAUUGUCUCAGUUUCAUUUAUUGUGAUUUGAGUUAUUUUUUCUACAAAAGUUCCUUAUAAAAAAUACUGGAAAAUCUUACGUCAACAGGACUAAACACAUACUUUUCAACUGCAACGAAUUGUGCUAAAGGAAGAACCGUCUUGCCUUUCCGAAAGUGCCAUUAGCACACAGUGUGAACAGCAUUGUUGCUAUAUUUUAAUAAACCUAGUGAACAGUGAAGAUGUUGUACAAGUUGCAAAAGAUGAUGAUUAUGCAGCCGAUUUUUAAUCCUAGUUUUAAAUUGCGAUUAAACAACAGGUAGAGAAUAAAACAAAGUCGAUGCAAUUUUUUUUUUGUUCAACAAACAGUAUCGAAACAAGUGAGUAAAGUUUAAUUUAAUGUAGUUUAAUAUAACAAUUCGUAAAUUAUAUAACAGUUGUAUGUAACUAAGUAUCGUUUAGUGACUUUUUAUGUAAAUCUGACAUAUUAAACUAGUUUUACAACAAUAAAAA